AUGUCUUCUCACACGCAGUUACCAGCCACUGGUUCUACUGUCGGGAACGUGCGCGGUGGAGACAAGCCCGUCGCUCGAUCGACCCUUCUGAACACGAAUGCCCAGGAACAAGUAUCGCCGUCGACGGAUAGUGGUGCUACAUUGGCAGCUAUCGAAAUCUACAAUAUCUUCGGCGGCAAAGUUCCCGAGACUCGGUGGCGUACGGAAGGCAAUGACGCCGUGGAAAGGAGUGGCGAUGCCGGGAAGGAUGAUGGCGAAGGAGAUAGGUUCGGCAAUGGCAACGGCGCCAACAAGGCUGACAGCACCACCGGCCACGAUGUUACAGCUCGAGGCGCGCCUGCAGGAAAGCCCAGGUUCACUGUCGAUCUCCCAGAUGAAGACGAACCUUGA